UUUUUCCCAUUGCCCUAUUCUUUCUUUUCUUAAUUUUCUGACCACCUUUCGAAACGCUUUGCUUGCCACAAUUUGUGGCCUUAAUUAACCAAUUUAUUUUUAAGAAUAGUUUUACUUUAGCGAAUCAAAUAUUACUUUAGAUUAGUUAUGGCCCUAAGUAGACAAGUUUCUUCUUUACUAUCAAAAUGCACCCAAAACGGAAUUCUUUCCUUGUCCUUCAGAGGAAUUCAUUCGUCUUCUACUGAAUUUUCAAGUCUUGCCACAUCUCGCACUGAAGGACGGACAAAGUGUACACUAGUACCCGGAGAUGGUGUGGGCCCAGAACUUGUAUAUUCUGUACAAGAAGUGUUCAAGGCGGCUGGAGUGCCCGUGGACUGGGACAUGUUCUUCUUGUCCGAGGUCAACCGAGCCCUGAGUGCUCCACUGGAGGAUGUCGCAAACUCCAUUCAACGUAACGGCAUCUGCCUGAAGGGUAUCUUGGCCACCCCAGACUACAGUCACACUGGUGAGCUGGAGACUUUGAACAUGAAGCUGCGCAAAGCUCUGGACCUGUACGCCAACGUGGUCCAUGUCAAGUCUCUUCCUGGCAUCACGAUGAGACACAAAAACAUUGACUGUGUUGUCAUCAGAGAACAAACUGAGGGGGAGUACUCAGCUUUGGAACAUGAAAGUGUCAAGGGAGUUGUGGAGUGUCUGAAGAUUGUAACAGCAACUAAAUCUUCAAGAAUCGCUAAGUUUGCAUUUGAUUAUGCCACCAAAAACAACCGUAAGAAGGUCACCGCAGUCCACAAAGCCAACAUCAUGAAGUUGGGAGAUGGGUUGUUCUUGAGAAGUUGCACAGAGAUGGCAAAGCUGUAUCCGAAGAUAAAGUUUGAGACAAUGAUUGUAGACAACUGUACGAUGCAGAUGGUGAGCAACCCGCACCAGUUUGAUGUGAUGGUGAUGCCCAAUCUGUAUGGCAACAUCAUAGACAACCUGGCUUCUGGGCUGGUGGGAGGAGCUGGUGUUGUGGCUGGGGCCUCCUACAGUCCUGAGUGCUCAGUGUUUGAGCCGGGUGCACGACACACCUACUCUGAGGCAGUAGGCAAGAACGUAGCCAACCCCACGGCAAUGAUGCUGUGUGCCGCCAAGAUGCUUGCCCAUGUCAACCUUCACCACUACGCUGACAUGAUCAGAGGUGCCAUCGCCAAAGUACUCAUAGAUGGGAAGGUCAGAACUAAAGAUCUAGGAGGACAGAACACUACUAAUGAAUACACGUAUGCCGUCAUUGCCAACUUAGGAAAAUAGAAGAGGAUAAAAAAUUGUACAUAGGGCCUUUUUGUACAUUUAAUAAAUCUGAAAAAUGUGUAAAGAUAAGAAUGUAGAUUCUUAAACUGUUAAUUUGCAGGGAAACCUUGAAUAUUCAUUGAAAAUGUAGUAAACCAAUUGCAGCAUUUUUCAACAUUUUGAAAGCAACUUUUUAUUCAAAAAAAUGUAGGUUUAUUAACUGUAGGCUAUAAAAAUGUAGAUUAUUUGGAGAUAACCGUGUUGAUUUUUUAUAUAAAUACAUUUUAUUGAUGCCAGUUGGCUGCAUCAUGAUUAGUAGUAAUAUUGUGCAAACUUUUAAAAAGAAGUAAUUAAUUCAUCUUCUAAAGUAGUAGGCCUAAUGUAAUGGCUAUCAGUAUUGAACGAUGACGUGAUGUGUUUUUAAAUUUACUGUUCAUUUUGACAUUUUUACUUGAAACUACUUCUAAAUCAACUCCAGAUUGUAUUCUAUUAAAUUUUCCAAAACUGUACUCCAUACAGGACUACAUACAAUUAUACAAUUUUAUUUAAAGUAUAAUAGUUUUAGUUUUAUUAACUUGUUCUAGUCAUAGCUACACUCAGUAUUUAUUGAUUACAAUAUUGUUUUUAUUCUACAUACUGUGGAGUAUGUAAACUACUUUUAGGCUACUAUUUUUUUUAAUUCUAAAUUGUAUAAAUAUUGUUACUGUUCUGUAAUAUUAAAAAUUGUAAUGUAAUAAAAUUUGGUUUAUGAAG